UGUGUGUGCUUGUUUUUUUUUAAACCAACAAACAUGUCGGGGACUACAGACUCAGUGGACGUCAAGUUUACAUUUUUUCCAUUUGAAGAAAAAACUUGUAAAACUUUGAAUUCGAAAGAUGUUCAGGAAUUGUUAAUGAAAUGGUCAAUGAAAGGCAGGAUUACUGUACAGUAUUUCAGCUAUGAUUCCCUUUUUCAGUCUUACCAGAAAGAUGAUUUUGCUCUGCUUUUCUUACAGUGUCCAACUGUGAUUUCAUCACUGAGUGUAUUAUCAGAAAGCAAUACAUGGUGUCCUGUAGGUUUUGAAGCUGCCAAGAUAGAGGUUAAACCAGUACAGUGCAGUAUUACAUCAAUGACAUUCUUUGAUAGACUCUUCAAUGAAGGCAUUGUUAGAGAGAAUGGUAGCAUUGUCAAAUGUCUAGAUGAGUUUUAUGAAGACUUCCAGAUUUCAGAUGAAUUAAGAAAGGUGUUACUGGUGGAAGAUUCCGACUUGUAUGAUAUUUUUAGUGAAGAUGACAGGAGCGAGUUUGUUUUCAUUUUGUUGAAGCACCUUUGUCUUGGGGGAGCUGUGUGUCAAUAUGAAGAUGAUAUCAAGCCAUAUCUAGACACUGUCAAGUCAUUGUAUAAAGAGCUCAUAAGUGUGCAGAAAGAUAGCAAAACACAAGAGCUGAGUGUUACAUCCCUGGUGUACAGACUGCAGGCCUGGGACAAAGAUGGCUACCAAUAUUACCCAUGUGAUAAGGAACAUGAGCAGAACUUUGCCUAUCUCAUUGUAGAUCCAAUCAAACGGCAUGUUGCUGUUUUAUAUCAUCAAUUUGGAGGUGGCGUCUUCACUUGAACCUGUGCAGCAUUUACACAAUGUUAUGUUUUGUAUUCUUACCAUGAAGUUGGAGUAAUAAAGAAGGACUAUGUGAUUUUGAAUACAUGUAUAUAGCACUUUUUAGCCAUACCCAACUUGACUUGAAGCUGCGGUACACAAGAGAAACAGCUCAAUUUUGAACCCUACCCUAGAUUUUUUUUUGUGGGGGGGGGGAGGCUGUAUCAAACACCCCUCCUACCCUAGAUGGGGGGCUGAAUCACACCCCCCCACCCUAGAUGGGGGCUGGAUCACCAAGCUUUGGUGGCUCUUUGAUGGGGGCUGAAUCACACCCCCCCCCCCACCCUAGAUGGGGGCUGGAUCAUCAACCUUGGUGGUUCCUUGAUGGGGGCUGAAUCACACACCCCUCCUACCCAUGGUGGGGGCUGGAUCACCAACCUUUGGUCGCUCUUUGAAGGGGGCUGAAUCACACACCCCUCCUACCCUAGAUGGGGGCUGGAUCAUCAACCUUGGUGGCUCUUUGAAGGGGGCUGAAUCACACACCCCUCCUACCCUAGAUGGGGGCUGGAUCAUCAACCUUGGUGGCUCUUUGAAGGAGGCUGAAUCACACACCCCUCCUACCCUAGAUGGGGGCUGGAUCAUCAACCUUGGUGGCUCUUUGAAGGGGGCUGAAUCACACACCCCUCCUACCCUAGAUGGGGGCUGGAUCAUCAACCUUGGUGGCUCUUUGAAGGGGGCUGAAUCACACACCCCUCCUACCCUAGAUGGGGGCUGGAUCAUCAACCUUGGUGGCUCUUUGAAGGGGGCUGAAUCAAACACCUCUCUUACCCUAGAUGGGGGCUGGAUCAUCAACCUUGGUGGCCCUUUGAAGGGGGCUGAAUCACACACCCCUCCUACCCUAGAUGGGGGCUGGAUCAUCAACCUUGGUGGCUCUUUGAAGGGGGCUGAAUCACACACCCCUCCUACCCCAGAUGGGGGCUGGAUCAUCAACCUUUGGUGGCUCCUUGAUGGGGGUUGUAUCAAACACCUCUCAUACCCCAGAUGGGGGCUGGAUCACACACCCCUCUUACCUUGGGGGUCUGGAAAAGCAAUUUAUAUAAUAAAUUCAGACUCUCCUGAAUUUAAGAUUUGUAUGGAUAUUCUAGCUCCUACAUUUGUUCGAUACAAAAAUAUAUAUGUAUUUACUUUUCUGGGAGUCUACCAUUUGUUGGUUGUUUCUCUUUAGUUCAAGACAUUCCAUCUUGUGAUAGCUUUCCUUUAUUUGCCUGUUUUGCCUCUCGUUAUCUUUCGACUGCGGCCGCCACAAUAUGAUUUUCAAUUCAUUAAAUUUGAUGAGUGUUUGAAAUGAGACAAUAAAGUGACUGCUUUGUCUUUGAUCAUUGUU